GAUUCAGAGCCAAAUGACACUUCCAGUUGUAGAUGAUCAGAUACAGUAUUGCCAGAACAACAUUUAAGCAACCAAAGGUAACAAUAAUAAUAAUCGCAAAUUUAGUCAGUGAAAAGAAACAGCCAGUUCAUCAUCUUACUGUAGAACACAAAUUUUAUUCAAGUUCUUUAUUAGAAAACAAUAAAUGUUCAUAGUCAAUUGUCUGGAGACUCUAGAAAUUUCAGGAUCACAUCUCAACAUCCAUCGGUAUCUUAUCUUGGGUGUUUCUUAAAUUAAGAAGUGGAUCAUUACAUGUAGAUAUGAACAUACACAUAGCAUUGGAACAUGUCAGCUGCUGUGUGUCUACAGUUUAAUGGCCAGAGACAGUCAUUGAAGUCUAUCCUCUGUGAAAUUAAAUCUGAUUUAUACACCAUGAAAGAGGGUGUGGAAAUCAUGGAACUUCAUAAAAAGUUUUAUGAUGAAGCUGACUGUCACGGACCUGCGUCUAUGCAUUCUAGUGAACCUAGGACUCUUCCGGACGGAAGGAUUUGCAUAGACAAAUUGGGAAGUAGAGGCUCUAGAAGUGGAAUGAACAAAGAAGUCAAUAGGCUGGCAACGUUUCAGAACUGGCCAGAAAACUCUCCAGUGAAUUAUUCACAUCUUGCAAGGGCAGGGUUUUACUUUACUGGUUUGAGGGAUGUAGUGAAAUGCUUCUUUUGUGGAGGUGAAGUAGAAGGAUGGGAAUAUGGGGACACAGCUAUGGGGGAACAUAAAAAACACUUUCCGGAUUGUGAAUUUGUAAAUGGAAGGACUACUAGCAACAUAUCGCUGUUGGAGUUGAAUGAGAGACCGGAGUUAGAAAGGAAACUGAGCAGUAAGAUUGAACAGUCACAAAGAGAUAUUGAAAGACGAGCAAAGGAAAAAGAAGCAAUGUUAGAAAGAAGUGACCCUAGUGAAAUGAAGAAAGAUUUAGUAAGGCCUAAUUCUGCAGGCAGUAGUUUUUCAGCAAUGAGUGAACAAAUGGAAGAGGAGGAAGAAUCAUCAGCUACAUUGUUUGGAAAAUACAACCAGGAACAUGUUCGUUUGCAGUCAUUUAAAAAUUGGCCUAGGACGAGUCCCAUAGAGCCAAGAGAUUUAGCCAAGGCUGGAUUUUACUAUGUUGGGCAGGACGAUUCUGUUCAAUGUUUUGCUUGUUUUGGUCAAAUAAGUAGAUGGAAACCAUGUGAUGUACCCGCAGUAGAACACAAAACACAUUUCCCAAACUGCCCUUUUGUGCAAGGUUUGGAUGUAGGGAAUUUACCUAUUUCAACUCCACCAGUGAUGCAUGUGGGUAUGGCGCCGCCAAUCCGAAGUUACUCAACGCCUGGACCCAGUCCAGAUCAGUUAAGAGCUGGUCAAUUUCUGCAGCAGCAGAGGAACCUGAGGGCGUCUAUGGGACCAUUGAAUAAUUGCAAACAUCCUAAUUUUGUGCAGGAAGAUGCAAGGUUAGGAACCUUUAGGAAUUGGCCGGGAAAGCUUGGCUAUCAUCAUGUGACUCCGCGUGUUCUUGCCAAGGCUGGGUUCUAUUACUCAGGAUUAGUUGAUGAGUGUAAAUGCUUCUAUUGCGAUGGAGGACUUAAGAACUGGGAACCUACAGAUGAACCAUGGACGGAACAUGCCAAAUGGUUUCCAAGAUGUGAAUGGCUUAUUCAACAACGAGGGCAGGCUUUUAUUACUCACGUGCAGCAGGUCAACCCUCCACCUAUCAGCUCAGGAAAUAAAACUACAACCCAAGUCAAGAAUGAGCCGGAUUACGCUGAGACAGAUCAUCAUUAUUAUGUUAAGCCUCUAUCGUUCAGUGAUCCUCCUAUUGGAAGAGAAGAGCCAUACUCUCAGGUCCAACCACCACACAGCUUCCACACUUCAUACCAAGAAAGACAACCUCUACCCUCUCCACCCUUGAACUGGUCAAACAAAGAGAUGACCAUUGAGGAAGAGAAAGAAGCAGCUUUGAGGGAGUAUGAAUCCAGGCACAGGGAACCAGAAGCUGCAGCUGAAUUCAACUUCAGACAGAAGACAAAGAAGCUUGAGGAAGCAGAACCAUCUGAUUUGAAAUCAAAGCUUGCAGAUGAGAUGAGUAAUACUGCUUCGUCCAUUGAUAAUUUCAUGGAGAGCCCUACCGCUCAGAUGGCUGUUGAGAUGGGUUACCACACUGAUCUGAUCCGCUAUGUCGUAACCAAACACUUCAAGAAGACUGGUAAAGAAUUCUCAUCAGCUGAUGAUCUUCUUGAAUCAAUCUGGGAAGCACAAGGUCAAGGGAUUGAUCCUACUCUAUCUGUAGGCAAGGCUGUAGGAGGUCAGGAUCUAGAUUAUCUUAGGAAACCACCCAAGGACCUGGAGAGUGCCGCAGCAAUGCCAUCAAGCAUUGUCGAAAUUCAGGCAUUGAAGCUUGCCGGAUUGAGCAUCCAUGAUGAUGAUGAGCCGGCUCCAAGAAGAAACCAAUCUCUUAAAACUGUUGCACCAGUCACUCAUAUUGGGAGCCUGAAACCACAAACUUCUGUAUCCAGUUCUGAGUCGAGUGUUCUUGAUAAGCAGCUUUGCAAGAUCUGUUUGGAUAAUGAACUCAGUACGGUAUUUCUACCAUGUAAACAUCUUGCUACAUGUAGUGAGUGUGCAGCUAGGGUUACUGAGUGCCCUAUGUGUAGACAACCAAUCAUUGAUUCAUUAACAGUUUACAUGCCAUGAAUGUAUCGCAUCAUUGCAAAAUGUACAAUACUAUUUUAAAGAGAAAUAUGUGUAUAGACUUUCAUUUAAUUUAUUGUCUCACCCACCAGAGGUGAAGGCGAGACUUUAUAGGGAUCCAUAUGUUGUCCGUCGGUCACAAACCUGUAAUGACACAUACAUGUAACUCCACAACCGUAAGUCGCUUUUCAACCAAACUUGGAUGGUAGAUGGACUUGUGGGACCUGCAUGUUAUGCUGCAGUCUGAGGUCACAUGGUAAGGUCAAAGGCCAUUUUAGGUCAACAUUAAAGUUUACAUGCAAGACUCUUAUGACACCCAACUCCGCAACCGUAAGUCACUUGUCAACCAAACUUGGAUGGUAGAUGGACUUGGGGGACCUGCAUGUUAUGCUGCAGUUGGAGGUCACAUGGUUAGGUCAAAGGUCAUUUUGAGGUCAACGUUAAAGUUUACAUGCAAGACUCUCUUAUGACACCUAACUCCGCAACCGUAAUUUACUUUUUAACAAAACUUGGAUGGUAGAUCUACUUAGGCGACCUGCAUGUUAUGCUGCAGUCGGAGGUCACAUGGUAAGGUCAAAGGUCAUUUUCAGGUCAACAUUAAAGUUUAUGUGCAAGACUCUUAUGACAAGUGUUAUUCCAUCCCAGUCAUUUCACAAUGAAGUUUUGAUAUAAUUCUCUUGCGUGCCCUCGCAAAUCAUGAUAUUUCUGGUUAUUUUCAUAAGUGGGCGAGACACAAAAUUACUUUUCCCUUGUUGAUUUAGUCAUGAUUGUUUUACAAAUUUUGCAAGUAAUGAACAAUGUACAUAUGAUAUGUCAGUUAUAACACAUAAUGUUUAUAUAACAAAAAUAUAGAAGGAAAAAUAAUUCACUGUACGCUUCCAUGCCUUUUCUAUUAUUAACUUUUCUUACAUGUAUUUUAUUAUACCCACCAAAUGAAGUUUGAAGGGGGUAUAUGUAGGAAUCAGCGUAAGGUCGGUCCAUUGCAAAUCUUGCGCAUCGAACUACUUUAACUCAGUUUUAACCGAUAUUCAUGAAAUUGAUGAUUGGUAUUGAUGUAAAGAUGUGCAAGACAUGUUUUGCGUGUGUCAGAAAUCAUGCUGCCUUGGUAACGGCAUAUUAUGACAAAAAUUAGUAUAAAGAUUUCAGUUUCAAUUACUUCAUCAAUUUUCAACCAAUUCUUAUGAAAUUUGGCUCACACAUUUUGAGGGAAAGGUGUGAGAGACACAUAUUUUGUAUGUGUUGGGAAUUGUGUUGCCAUGGUAACAAUAUAUUAUAGGCCCCAAAUUAGGUAAGAAUUUAUUGGUUCGAACCACUUGAUUAGUUUUUAACCAAUUCUCAUGAAAUUUGGUCUCUAGGUGAAGAUGUACAGGACAUAUUAUUGCAUGUGUCGGAAACCGUGUUGGCAAAAAUACGUCAUCAGUAAAUCUCAUAUUUUGCUCACACAUAUGUCUGUAGGUACUAAAGCUGGGCAAACAUAUUUUUGUAUGUGUUGGGAACUGUUGCCAUGGUAACGGCGUAGGGUGGGGGUAUUAAUCACCUUCAGUGAUAGAUCUAGUUAUCUACAUGUAUUUACAGUGUACAACAUCAUGCAUGGAUAUCUGUAUUAUUUUAUUAAAGACAAACUAAACCUACAUGAUAAUGCACACACACUAUGUUUAGUAUUGAAAAUAGAUAUACAUAUAUAUAUAUAUACCUGUGCAUAUAAUCCUGAUAAAGUUAUAUCUUUAUCUUUCUUGAUGAGUGUGAAAUUUGUUAUUUGGUAGUAAUUUUCUGCCCAAUAUUUUAAGAUAAAUUUGUUUUCAUCAGGUUAUAUACUUGGAUUAAACAUAAAAUCUUGGGAGUAUUUCAUGAAAGGACUUUUGAGACGUGUUAUCCGACUAGUAUUGUUUUAUCGGACUGUUACUAUGGUAACAGUGACUCUCGGCCAAUCAUCAUCAAGGAAAGUUGUCAGACCUGACAACUGGUUGGACGAAAAUGUUGGCGAAAGGCUCUCCAGUAUACAUUAUAUUUCACAUACUAAAGACCAUACAGUGUUUAUUAUAAAUUUAGUCAAGUAUACUACCUUUGUACUUCAUGUGUAGUAUUAUUUACCAAGUAGAAAAAAAGCAUGUACUUGAACUUAAAACUUUAGGAGACUAGAAUUACAACCUCUAUGUGUAACCAAGUUAUUAUCAGUUUCUUUUAUUGAUAUAAUAUGAUCUCUUUAUUGAUUUAAGAUGCAUUUUAUUUGUAUGUAUUGGCGUUGGUGUGAUGAGCUAGAUGUUCAAUGCAUAAAGUACUUGUAAUACAAUGUAUGUACAUGUAUCAUCAUGAUUAUAUUCUAUACUGUAUAUGUAUCACAUCUCUCAAAUAGAUCUUUAUGUUUUUAUAUUUGAAUAAAUACACCUGAUAAUAGUAUUGACAAAUAAGUUGAAGUUUAUAUAAGUGAUAUACUGUACUGUAAUAUCCAUGGCCGUAUUCAGAUUCGUUUUGCUGGGUAGGCAGGACGCAUAAACUUUUUCGAAAAAACUUGAAAGCAAGGGAGCAUUUUGUAAUUGGUGAAUUUUGUGAAAUUUUUCAGUAAGAAAUGUAAGUUUUCACAAAUUUCUAGGAGGGCAACUCCCCCCCCCCCCUUGCUGCAUAUCACCAUGGUAAUAUCAAUAAAGUUUUGUUUUUUAGUAUUUAGGGUAUGUGAGUCUAAGCUUAGAAGGUAGAAUAAAUUCUCAAAAUGUCUUUUUAUAACCUACAAUUCAUUCAGUUUUGGGUUUGUUAGUUUCAGUUUUGAACAGAUAUAGGCCUACUUGUUUUCAUGCAUAGUUAAUUUUUAGUUUGAUAUGUUUUAUAUUACGCUGUAUGCUCAUAAUAUUCACUGAUGUCCAAUAGAGACAUAGUUGAAUACAUUGUGCAUUGUUAAUACAACCUGGUGGGUGUUUCAUAAAGCUGUUCGUAAUUUGAGAGCAUCAUUUAAUGGUGAAUAUCAUUUACCACAAGAAAGGAUCACCAGUCGUUCUUAAAGUUGUUCAACUGACAAACGGCUUUAUGAAACACCAACCAUGGUUGAAAUAUUUCAUUAUUAGAUUUUGCAGACAGAUGAUGAGUUUUAAAAUAAUUAGGGUACUUAUGACUUAUAUGACUGUAAAUAAUGGUCCUUACAUUUUUCUGCAGUGUUAAUAUUCUGAGCCUUCAGGCUAUUUCAUAUCUAUGCAAAGAUCUUAACAGGAAAUAUCAAUCCCACCAAUUCAUUAGUGUAGUUAACCUGAUAGUAAAUAUCAAUGCCACUGAUUGAUUCAUUAGUGUAGUUUACUUGAUAGUAAAUAUCAAUGCCACUGAUUGAUUCAUUAGUGUAGUUUACUUGAUAGUAAAUAUCAAUGCCAUUGAUUGAUUCAUUAGUGUAGUUUACCUGAUAGUAAAUAUCAAUGCCACUGAUUCAUUAGUGUAGUUUACCUGAUAGUAAAUAUCAAUGCCACUGAUUGAUUCAUUAGUGUAGUUAACCUGAUAGUAAAUAUCAAUGCCACUGAUUCAUUAGUGUAGUUUACCUGAUAGUAAAUAUCAAUGCCACUGAUUCAUUAGUGUAGUUUACCUGAUAGUAAAUAUCAAUGCCACUGAUUGAUUCAUUAGUGUAGUUAACCUGAUAGUAAAUAUCAAUGCCACUGAUUCAUUAGUGUAGUUUACCUGAUAGUAAAUAUCAAUGCCACUGAUUCAUUAGUGUAGUUUACCUGAUAGUAAAUAUCAAUGCCACUGAUUCAUUAGUGUAGUUUACCUGAUAGUAAAUAUCUAUGCCACUGAUUCAUUAGUGUAGUUUACCUGAUAGUAAAUAUCAAUGCCACUGAUUGAUUCAUUCAUUAGUGUAGUUUAUCUGAUAGAGAUAUGUGUAUGCCUAGGUUUAUAAAAAAAUAAUAAUUGGGUUAUAAAUGACUGAGGGUGACUUGAAUAGUACCCCCC